AUGUGGUUUGCUGUGGUGGCCUUGUUCUUUUCAGCUGCAUUCUUGCUUCCAGACGAAAUCACUUGCACCAAGGGGAUCCGUUAUAGUCAAAAUCUUAAAAAACCUCUCAGCGCAUUAGUCCAAAGUCACUUGGAUAGAGCAGUGACUGAACAUCAGUCAAGGGUAAACUAUGAAAAAUUAAAAACGAGUUCACCAAAGACGGUCACAGAAACCAGUUUACCCGGAGGAGGGAAAAUAGCAACAUUUAGAAGAACUGACAAAAUUUCUUUGAAAGAAGCGCUUAACUUCGUGAGCUCAACCGCUCUUUAUAACAACGAAGAAUACCCUACAGAAUUCGCAGUACCAAUUGGAAAACGAACUGAAAAGUUUAAACUCACCAAACAGCAAGACGGGUCUUUUACAGUAAACCUUGUACGCAAGGAAAGUAAUGAAGAAGUUGAUCUAGCUGAUCUCCAUGACCAAGCAAAAAUUCUCUCUGACCCAAAACUGAAGGAUCCCUUAAGAGACACAAUACAAGACGCGUCUUUGCAAGCCUUAGAUGCGAAACUGAACAAUCAGCCCGAUUUGGAGAGGUCAUUACGAAUUAACGACCUAACAGGAAAAGUUAGCGCGAAGGAAAGGGAUGCGGUCUUUCACGCAGCCACUGAUUUUAUAGUUGGAACAGCCAUAACAGGGAACACCUUGACAGGAUUAAAUACUGCCAUUUGGGUGCAAGGGGCAAACAAAGUCAUCAUUUCAAAAAUGGAGGAGGUUAGGGAAAAGCAAAAGCAGGAGAUAGCGGCAGCAACUGAAACGAAACUGGAAUUUGAAUUAACUCAGAGUAUGCUCAAAACCAGUAAAGAGGCAAUUGAGGAGUGGAACAAAUUGAAGACCCUCGACUCCGCGAUACCAGGCAAAAAAAUUAUUGAAGAGCAAAUAAUUCAAAAAGGAAAAGAUUCUUAUUUGAAGGUGACAAUCCAUGAAACCGACCAAGUAUCGCUCAAAGAAAUAUUUAAGUUAAAACAAUUUAUUCUUGACAUAUACCCUGACCAAGGAAAUAAUCAUAUAAGAUUUGAAGUUCCAAUAGGUGGAGAAAUGAGAAAAUUUCGUUUGAUGAAAGCCCCUCAGGGAACUGAACAAAUAUAUGUCAUUUCUUAUAAUGGUGAUUGGCCUGGUACCACGAAAAGAGAGAAAGCUGGACCUGAAUACGAAGUAAUGGUAGAUAAAUUCCUUAGCAAAUUCCCUGACCAAUAUAAGCUAGCCAAGGUUAUGAUAAAGGCAGUGGACAGCGCACUUGACAGUCAACCUGAUUUCUCAACAGAGCUGAAAAUUCCCAAAAAGCCCGCCCUGUCCGCUGACAUCAUUCGAGCUUCUGUAGAGUUUCUGGUUAUUACAAUGGUUGCAGAAGCAGCUCAGCCCAGAGAUGAGGGCAAAGCCAGUUAUUUAAGAGAACUAGCACAGAAAAUACAAGAAAAAAAAAGAUUCCCCCAAAGUAAAGAUAUGCCCAGCCUUCAAAAUUUAAACGAUCCAUCCGGGCGAAGUCCAGUAAUGGACGAAGUUGUCGAAGGUAUGCUUAAAAACAUGGGAGAAACAAACAUAAGAAAAAUAUUUACCAGCAGAAAAUUUCCUCCAAGACGUAAGAAUGUUGGAUCAAGGGUAGGGCGCGAAUGGCUGCAUAAAAAAUUACAAGGGGAUACCAUAGUUCCUUCGUAUCUUAUCCGCAAACGUGCUGCUAAAGAACACGAUCGAGAGCUUAUCUCCAACAAGGUCUCCGAAAAUUGUGAAAGACGCCGAAAGAAGCGCUUUGCCUGUUUAAUGAGCAAUAAAGACCCUCUUACUGUUGAUGAAGAGUCUAUCAAAAUUACCAAGGACAAGGUUGAAUUUGAUGUGGUACAUCGCCGUCAUGCAAAAGAACGAGAGCAUGUUGAGCUGAAGAUAACUCCAAAUGAACUGGCCACUCCUAGGCUGAUUAUGGAUAAGGUUAUAAAUUCUCAAAGGGCCGGAAUGGGUAAGGUCUACGCUAAAGUCAAUAAAGGUUUAGCAGUUCACGGUCUUAUAUUUUCAGUUCUCGGCGCUGUCAACUACUUUCAGGAAGGCGAUAACCUUAGAGGUGCCAUUUCCUUGGCCCAGUCUGCCCACACACUGGCAGGACUAACUGGCCUCAGUGAUAUUAUCUCCAAGGUGGAAAGUAGAGUCAUAAGCCGUGCAGCUGAGGGGUUGGCAAAAACCUUAAAUUUGGAGAAAGGCUUGGAAAAGUUAUCCGUCAAAGUAGAAAAGUUCGCAGAGAGAGGGGUAGGAGAGUUGCUUGGAGAUAUCCCCGUUGUGGGACUCGCAUUUGAUAUCUACUUUAUUGAACAGGACAUAGAACAAUUGGCUAAUCUAAAUCUUGAUGACCCAGACGACCUUAAACUUUUACCACUUCGUGUGAUCGAUUUAGAACUGGACGUUAGCACGACGGUUUUAAAUCUAAUAGGAACACUUUGUCCGGCAGCAGAAGUCGUCACUGAGCCUCUUGUUAUUGUCCUCUCUAUAAUACGAAUGGCAAUUGACGACUUCUACAUAGAUAUUAUGGCGGAGAUGGAAAAGGUUAAUUGGAAAAGCCCGUGGGCGGGAUUAGAGUUCCUUGGAGCUUUGGUAAAGGGGUUUUUAGAAGGUGCUGCAGAUUUACUAACAGGUGGUUUACGUCGACAGAUGGAGUCCUACAGAAAGCAGGAAGAAUAUGACGAAAAGCUUAUUCGGGAUUUGAAAAACCCUGAUAAUUAUUACAAGAUUGUUGGUAAAAAGAAGGGGGGUGGGGGUAGAAUUGAUUUUACCCAAGGAAAACUUUCCAGCUUUGGUGGCUAUAUCAACUUCAGGCUUAAUGACAAUAAUCGAGCUACUUUAGAAAUCGGAGAUGUCAGUGGAAGUCAUAAUACAAUUCGUAAGACGUUUCAGGUUGGUUCAGAUGUUCAAGAUAUCGUGCUUGGAAUAGGAGAGUCGAGGACUUUCGAAUACAAACACAAAACGGCCAAGCUGUGGUUUGUUAUUCCAAUUAAGUCAUACAAUGUUAUUUGCGGUGCAAAUUUGCACGAAAAAUCAGUUUAUGGAACUUAUUAUGGAAACUCUAAGGACAACAAAUUUUAUGCCGUACAGAAACCAAAGCCAACAACAAAACCCACAGGAAAAAAAGGUGGAGAUUGUAACUUUGGAAAACUGAAUCUUAAAUUUGUUACCGGAAAUUACCAUUAUAAUUUGUAUGGGCGGGGUGGAAGUGACACCUUUUACCUCGGACCAGAGAUGUCCGCUGUGACUGGAGGAACUGGAAGUGAUCUUUACAUUAUUCAAUCAGACGGCGGAAAAACAAUUAUCGAUAAUUUUGCAGAAGAUAACGUGCGAGACAUUAUUGUUAUCAAUGUUGACUAUGCCAGCAUCCGAUGUUAUCAGACUGGAGUUGAUCUUCACCUGUCUUAUUCCAAGAGUCAUCACAUUCGUAUCAAGAACUGGUUUGUUCCCGGAGAUCCCACCUACUACCGUCACGUCUCAUUUCGAAGUCAGGAUGGAGUCGUUUUCGUCCCAAAACAGGUUUUGAAUAGCCAAGAUAUACAUGUUGUUCAGUGUGUGGCAGUGGCUCUAGAUUUGGGUGCAGCAAAGAAAACUCAAACUGUCACACUUAAUGAUUAUAGAUAUCGUCAAGUCAAACAAGUAUCGGGUUCCAAUAGCUCUGAUAACAUUUUCGGUAAUGAUGUAAAUAACAUCUUGGAUGGAGGUCUUGGAGUAGAUCACUUGUAUGGAGGGAGAGAUGAGGACACUUACAUUAUUAGAGCAAAUGAGGGAUGCGAUGUAAUUGAUAAUGAUGCAGAUGAUUACUUGAACACCACUGACAUCGCGGUAUUCGAAGUACCCUUUAAGAUGAUAGAAGUUCAAAUAAUUGGUAAUGACCUCCUUUUAACAGACCGGAACAAUGUCCAAGGAUCGUGCUUUAAGAUAGCAAACUGGACUUUAGGGUACCGGUAUAGACAUAUUCUCUUUACGUCUGGCGAUCACGUUGUCUUUAACGUCUCCACCAGCGAAGACGGUAGCGUGUUUAAAGAACCAAUCAUACUAGAUUACAAAACGUCCGCAACCGGAGUCUGUGUAGAUUUGUCAGAUUUACCGAGUCCAAAGUGCAUCAAACCCAGUGGGUACGCUAAAAUAGCCACAGUUUCUGAUUCCCCACACAACGAUUACAUAGUGGGAAAUGCACAGACCAACUUUUUAAGCUGCACUGGGGGAGAAGAUUAUCUUGAGGGUGGGGAAGGUACUGACAAUUAUGUUGUCAAGAAAACAUGCCAGAAAGCAGUAAUCAACAAUUUUGACAGUCGCAUGAAAGCGGAUGUAGUGUACUUGGAGGAAACGUUUAUAAACGUACAGCUGAAGCGAAAUGGUGAUGAUUUGAGGGUAGUCUCAAGUCAUGGGACACCCACUGUAGCACUUCAAAACUGGUUUAACUCCUCCAAGUACCAACAUCUUGGGCUAAGGACUAUCGAUGGAAUUACGCUUAGAAUAAACAGUAAGACGUUGAAACUCGAACCGUAUGAGGUAUCUAAGGACCCUAGUGAAUGUCAAUGCAAGCAAGUGGGAUGUGACAAAGGAGUGGUAACAUAUAAUCUUACUAAAGAUCCUUGGCAAAACGUGGUCCGCUUUGAGUUGAAAUCAAGUCAUUGCAGUUAUAAAGUUUACGGAAACAAACUUAACAACUAUCUUGAUCCCGGAGCAGGCAGUGGUUAUAAUUACCAACAUUUGGAAGGGAGGAAUGGAUCAGAUACUUACGUGUUAAACCACGGAUAUGGCGAGUUUAAUGAAAUCAAUAACUAUGCUGAAGAUAGCAAGACAGACACCCUUGAGCUUGGUAUAGAGUUUGAUGAUGUUGGCGUAGACUUUCACAGCCAUUAUGAUGCCAUUCUUGGAUCCAUUUCACGACCCACCUCACUUGGUGUUCUAAUUUUAGAUUACUUCCGUGGGGCGAAGUAUCAGCAUCUACAGAUAAUAUCCGCGGACAAGGUGGUAUUUAAUAUCGUCGACAAAUACCCGUACAAAAAGGUUGUGGUCGUCGACCGUAGAACCAUUGAUUCACCACAAAACAUUGAUCCUUUAAGAAAUGAAAUAAUUGGAGGAGCAGAAGAUUUAAAGGGAUCACUCACCUCUCCCAAUAACCUGACAGGUAGUGACACAACAAAGGAAAUUGAAGGUGGUGCUCAGGCCGACACUCUACAUGGAGGCGACAAAGGAACAAUUUUUGACGGGAAACAGGGUAACGACAGAUUUUUUGCUGGUGUUGGUAAUGAUAUAAUUUUUGGUGGGGAAGGUGAUGACGUCAUCUUAAGCGACAACGGGGAUGAUUACGUCUAUGGUGGUGAUGGUGCAGACUUUAUUGAUGGGGGUGAAGGUAGUGAUACCCUCGCUUUCAAAGGCGAUGGUUUCCGUCACCAGGGAGUGACAGUUGAUCUCAGAAUUGGCUUUGGUAAAGGAGCAGACGCAGAAGGAGAUACCUACAAGAGAAUUGAAAACGUAUAUGGCACCAUUCACAAUGAUGUUUUAAUCGGAGCUGACUCUGAUAACAAUCUUUUUGGACUUGAAGGAGACGAUUCACUUGCUCCUCAUGGUGGCGCUGAUAAACUUGUUGGCGGUGAAGGACAAGACAGUUAUUUACUCUAUAAGGCCUUUGGACUAAAAGUUAUUGACAACUACGCGGAUGAUGAAGUUAAAGACACGCUGUCCUUGGUUGAUUUAAAUUCCACCGAUGUGUGCAUCUUUUUAGUUGGAAACGACUUACAUCUACAAAUCGAGAAAACUAACUUGGCGUCAGUUUUUUAUCACGGCGAAAAUUUAGCAGUGAUUAUCAAGAACUGGUAUUUAAAUGCAAAAUACAGACACCUUAAUGUGCUCUUCAGUAACACUCUGUGGGAAGAUUUUGCAUUAUUCGCCAUAGCAGGAAGAUUGGAGAAGCUUGGGAAUGGUACCCGUUUCAUUGAAAACAAAAGUAACCUGCAGGUUGUGUCUUCGAACUCUACCGACGUUACCUUGUCUUGGCAACCAACAAAUAGCGUUUUGUCCAGUACAGAAACCGAAAUAUUUCUUGUACAUUUCAAACAGCCGGAACCCAAAUCCUUAGUGAAAAGACAUGUAGAUAUUAAUCAGACAUCAGUAACUGUCUCGUCUCUUGAUCCAACCUUCCACUAUGUCUUCGCUCUCGCGUUAACAAAGUGCAAGGCGACAAUUGCGGUAUCCCAUACUCUUACAACUUACGGACGCCAGAGACCCUGCCCCGUAGCAAAAAUACCACACUCCACUAUGCAGUACACACCCCCUACUAAUGCAUUAACUCCUGUUCAUGGCACAAUUGCAAAUGUGAAAUGUAAUGCGGGAUAUCACAUUCACUUCCAUCACUCCCAAACGAAUGUCACAUGCUUGGACCAUGAAUGGAUCCCCUCCCUUCCGAUUUGUAAGAGAAAGAAAGAAUGUCGUGUUCUUACAAAGCCACCAAACGGGGAGGUUUCCUCUAACGGUAAUCACGAAGGGUCAAAAGCUUACUAUAAAUGUCACAAGGGGUUCCGGCUUCAGGGACGGAAAGCACGCACCUGUGUAGAUGAAACCUGGGACGGAAAUAUUCCUAAUUGUCUGCCCAUAAAUUGCCCAAAACCACCAUAUGUUCAUAACGGAUCGUACAUUUCUUGUGAUUAUAUGAAGCAUGUAAAAGCAUACGGAACAAUAAAUAGUCCCCUUGAAGGAUACUGUGUCAAGCUUCAAUGCAAAAACUUGUUCCUUCCAAGUCACGUAUUUCGUGGAAAGACGUAUCGCCCUCGAUGGGAAAGUGACUGGAAGAUUCCUCAGGGUGGACGAGUGUGCAGCGAUGGAAAGUGGAUUGGUUAUGUGGAAGACACUUGCCAACCAACUGCUAGACUUGUCAACGUUGCGAAAAGCUGGAGUACAAUAAGUGGCUUGCUUCAACUUUGGCAAAAUGGUGGAUGGACCUUCGCUUCAUCCACCCCGACACAGAACACUCUCAACCUUUCUUGCAAAAGUGUAGGAAUAGAGUCUCCUUACUAUGUAAAACAUGGUUCAAGAGGUUCCAAAAUACUCGUAACAUGCUCCAAGCUGCGUUUUACUCAGCCGAAGCCAACUGUUUACCAAGGAAGGGUUGAAAUGUUAAAUCAAGGCGUCUGGGAAGGAUUAUGCGUCACGGAAAGAGGUACACAAGCUGCAAGCAAGAGGAUUUGUGAAGCACUUGGAUUUAACUACAAAUCUGCAGUUGUGAGCAUCAGUACUGGCUGGACAGACCACUCGUUUGAUUGCCAUCCAAAGCAAAUAUUUUUUCCAAAAAAGAAGAAUUCUAAGACGCUCAGAAUUCCGAGAACGAGGUAAGAAUCGAACUCACGACCCUCCUAAUUCUAGUUCAGGCUCUCUAACUACUUGGCUACUUGAGGCACAAUGGCCAAACUUGCUCAAUUAUGUUCGAUUAUGAGUAUUAAUGACAAAAGCUCGUUUGAUGGGGAAGGUAAAUAGGUAGGGGGGGGGGUGGCUUAAUAUUUAAAUGAGCGAAGAUAAUGGUAUCAGUUUUGCCUCUGUAAAGAACUUAGAAAGCAAGGUGGAAAAAUUUUAAAUACAAUAAAGUUGCAGGAGGUUAUGCAGCCGAAGAUAAAAAGAAAAUACGAACUUUUAGCACGACAAAGAACCAUACCAGAGCAAGUCGCAUAUUAAAGAGUUAUUAAUGACGUUGUAAGGGAAUAAUAAUCAGCAAGGGGACAGGUUUUUUUUUUAAGAAAGAAAGGGGUUGGAGUAUUGAACUUCUUUCCCUGAAAAAAAAAGGGGGCCUCCAAGAGAAGAGAGGUGCUCAUUUGACACGGAAGGCGGUAAUAGUGGAUUUAAGGUACUUUGCUGGCUGACAAAUUAAUGUUUCUAGGCGCAGUUACUGAGAUCCCGAAAGACUGUUCCUCUUAAAUAGUUAUCAAAACGCUGUGAUGAAGAAUGUGUUAAUUGCGUCUGUGAAUACGUAUUUCCUUUAGAGAUGGUCUCCCUUAUCAAGAUUGGCCGUUUGUGGAAAGGUAAGUAAUUCUUUUUAUUGCAUGGCCACAAUAGUGCGCAUGCUCUGAUUGGCUACUAAGCGGCCAUGAUUAUUUUAAUGUAAAUGCACGUAUUCGUGCACUACUAGCUACGUGUCCAAUGCAUAUGAUAGUCUGUGUUUAACUUGCUAGUGGACAUCCUUAUCCUCUAAAAAGUUUUUUUUUUUUCACUCGGGCAUAUAAAUAGGUGAGUUAGACCCUCUUAAUUGUGGCAAAGAGGGAAGUUGUAUUCGUGUUUGGGGUCUAGGCUAGAACUAGCAUAGCAGUUCGCCUUGAAAGAAAGGCAACUAACGAAGAACUCUUCAAUAAUGUGGUUCAAAAACUACGGAUAGUUGUUCGCCAUCCGCUGCGGAGGAAAUGAACACAGAACGAAUAAAAGCAAGGAGAAAUGUAGAAAAAGCAGUAGGUUAAGGCACUUUUUUGUACAUUCCUUUGCCGUUCCUUCAUGACCACGAGUUGAAAUUGCCUAAGGUCCAUUUUCAGUUACAGGUGGAAACGAGGCUGUGGUUGACCUUGUUUUUAUACAGCCCUUUCAUCUAUAUUAUGUAAAUCGCAAUGUUCUUAGAGCGAUUUUCGUAUGACCUUGAAAAAUGGUUUCCGUAAGUGUUCGUUAUUUGUUUUAUCAGCCAAUGGAUGAAAAGAUCAAAACAUGGCCCCUUAGUUUUCCCGCCAAAGAAAACCCUAAUAUGGAGAGUAUGGGUUGGUUUCUAGAAAGUUCUCGGGCAUGAAGUUUUUUCACCCGAGUGUUCGCUUAACCAACCAAAAGCCACCCGCGUUUGUAUGUGUUCGAUAAACCAAUCAAAUCGCUCUAUUUCUGUUCGUUUAUUGUUUCUGUAUUGUUCGCGCGUUUUUAUUUCAAGGUCAUACGAAAAUCGCUCUAAUAAUGCUAAUUAACUAUAUUCUUGGCAUAGUUUCUAUUAGAAAAGAAGGGAGGUUUGUACCAAAGGUCAACUUCAGCCUCACGUUAGCUUAGAGGCUAGGGCACUAAGGCCACAACCGAGGACCUAAACAAGCGAAGGCGAAUUUUCCUUGCUCUCUCUGUACUUGGAAUUGGUUCUUAAAGUGGCAUGAUUUUUAGAAGGGGUUUUCAGCGUCAAUACCUCCGAAAUUAGAGCAUAAACUACUUCGCCAUCAAUAAAGAUUUGGAAAAAAAUUAUCGCUACAGCUGUAUUAGAUAAAGAUGAAAAUUUCUAAUGAUCAGAAUUACAAUGGCAUCAGAGUUGUCAUAGCAACGAAAUGGCGCAGUUACCUAUUUUACUUGCAGCUGUAUUUCUCGGCACUGCUCGUUCUAUAAACGGGACUGGGAAGUGCGAUAAUCAUUAUGAAAGUAACCAAUAACAACAAACUGUGUUGACUUUUUUUUUUCUUUUUUACUCUUGAAGAUGUUCUUUGAAGAGAAAAAGACUUCAGUGUGGUACCAUGGUACGAUGCAGACAGAGAUGUAGUGACAGUUACCCAGUUCCUCAUGGAUAUACCACAUGUUCGGGAACUAGUUAUGAAGAUGACACAUGCGCAGUUCAUUGUCACAACGAUUACAGACUUAAAGGAGACUCUAAAGUCUACUGUCACGGAGGAGUCUGGACAAAGCAAAGCGGAAGACCCGCCUCAUCUCACUGCGAAGAUAUAGGUGCGUAUCAAUUUAUUUUCCCCUGGCAUUGUCAUUCAUAUAAACAAAGUUUUUUUACAUUCAAAAUAUCUUUAAAGGAUCUACGUAACGCUAUUUGUCAUCCUUUUACUGUCCUUUUAAAUUGCACGCGAGCUCUUAAAUUUAAAAUCCAGCUUCAUUGGGUUUUUCACUACGAAAGAUUGAAAAGCACAGCCAUUUCUAGUCUUUAUGGUUUAAGAUUGCAUCCAAAAAUGGGAAGAGAAAUCACACAUUUAUAUAGUGGGUAAGGUUUUUCCUUAAUCCUAAAGGACGCGAGAGAGAAGCUGUCAAUAGGGACUUUAAGAUCCAACGACGCUGACGACAGCGAGAACGUCAAAAAACAAGUGGUUUAAUCAGCAAAACAACAACUUCGCUCGUGCAUCACACUUUUUUGUACAUUUCUUUCCCGUUUUUGCACGACUAGGACGUGAAAAUGCCUAAUUUCGCGUUUUAUGGAGGACGUAAACAACCAACGACGAAACACAUCCCAAACUAUGACCUUUUAAAAUUGUUCGAGUAAACAUCUGUUUCCUAAUUUACACUGAUAGGUAACCAUGCAAGAUUUAAAAAAAGAAAAAAACGUACUUUAAGGGAGAUGUGCAACAUUGAUAUCUAAGAAUCACUUACCAAUAUGGUGGUCUGUAUGUGUGAUUACGAGAUCUAUAUUAUUUUAUUUGACAUCAAAAUUCAGUGGGGCGCAAGAACUUCAUAAUGCUUCACAUUAUAGAAAAGCCGAAUUCAAUAAUUUUUUUAUUAUUCAUUCAAAAUAUUUCUAAGUUCUAAACAUGCUCACCCCUCCCCUUAGAUUUUCUUCUAAACUUUGGCUUUUUGUCUGACGCGGUUUUAGGAUAUAAUUAUAUAAACAGACGUUUUCAAAAAGUUAAUAACAUCAUUCGAGCAAAAUGGUAUACGGCUUAGUUUUGCAUUUCUUUGAAUUCGUUCAGUUCAGUUUUGGUUAGAAAUUCAGCUAUUUCAUCUUCGGGCAUAGCUACGGUGAAAGCCAUUUUGAUCGAUGUUCUAUUGCCCUUGAAGCUUCGGUCUCUAUAAUUCUUGAGAUGAUACGAAAGCCGAAUGCCAUUGUUGUUAAAUAGUAUUUGGCUACAAUAGAAACGCGCUCUGCUCUGAUUGGCUGCUGGGCGGGCAAGAUUUUCUUUCACAACUAGGCAUAUAACAAUUCUUCGCGGUUCGACGGCACUUUUAUGUUGUAACUAUUUAAAAGGUACGAGCGCGAUGGCAAAAACUAAAAAUACUGACAAAGCAUAACCAUCUCUUUAAUACCUGGAAGGAAAAUACUAGCGUACCGAUACUUUAUUGGUAUGAGCGCACGACGAAGGGAGCCACAGCAAGAGUGAGUUUUAAAAGCAUCUUUUCAAAAUAAUUUGCAGAAAAGUCACGUUCACUUAUUCGUAUAAAUCAUCAAUAAAAAACGUGAAUCAAUUGUAGACAUGCAACUUUUUUUUGUUGGCAUGUCUUUAUACCCAUUUAGAACUAUUUAGAACAUUAAAAAAGUUGUAAUUUAUUAACUAGGGCUAACCAGAAUAUAAGAAUAAUGAAUGUGUGGUAACGUUACAACGGUAUUACAGAGCUAAAUCAGCUGGAGCUAACUGUUAACGUAGAAUCGGAAAACGAGUAGAUCAAAACUCCAAUUAUAGUAUGCCUCUUUCUUAAAAGUUAAAAGGGGGUGUUUAUAGAUGUCCUGCAUUACAGAGGGAAGCACAACUGAAGCACUGCUCUACGGAAGGUUUGGUUUUUACAUCUCCAUAUUGAUGUGGUAACUCUCAUACCGAUAUCAAUCCUAUUGUUUUCAAUUUGAUUUCAGACACUUUGUUCAGGAAUGACCUUCAGAGGCUUGUUCGGGAAAACAGCAAAAUGAGUCACCGUGACUUGGCAAUAUUCUUGAGGAAUUACUUGGACAGAAAUUAUCCUAAACAAUAUUGGGUGAUUACAGUAUAUGACCCGGUUACGGGCUUUGAUAAACACACUUUUGUAGAUGGCGAUCGUGUUGGCAGCAAAUUAAGAUAUUAUGGGGUAAACUAUGUUGUUUUCCGAUAUCCCAAAUAUGCCUCUCGCUCUCCCAGAGUGCCAAUCUCCCGUGUCAUAGAGUCGGUAACUGGAAGUAACGCUAAAACUGUUUGGUCAAGUAUCGACAAAAAGUUUGCAGCAAAUUUGCAAAGUUACGCCUUUAUCCACGUAAUAAGGGAAAUUAAGCAGUACGGUAUGUAUUAUGGUUGCGGGAACUCGAAACCGAACGUUUUGACAAAUUAUUACACUACAAAAUCUGAAUCAUUUCCAUCACAAAAUUAUUUUCAUAAAGAGUUUCCAAAUUUUAUAGUCAUUGCCGUUGCUCCUGGAAAUUAUAUUUGA